CUAUUAUUGUACAGUAGGAGUUCUGUUCCUCAAAACUAUAUCAUUUUACACAAAACAACAUCGCAUCUUUACUGUACAACAGAGGAUUUGUUCCCUCUUCUCUCUCUUGUCCGGAUCGUCUACUGUACUGUGGGAGUCCUAUCCCUUAAAAUGACAUAUUUUUAUAGAAAACGACGUAGCAUCCAUACUGUGCAACAGAGGAUUUCUUCUCCUCUCUCUUUGUGCCCACUCAUAAUUGGCCAAUCCAAAACUAUCAUCCAGCUGGUCUAUCAAGGGACGGUUACCUUCCUCCCAACUAUAAUAUCUUCACCUACUGACUGACUCUCUCUCUCUCUCUCUCUCCUUCCCCUGUUUCUGGAUUGAUUUCCUUCAAAUUAAGCAAAAAGAAAUGGCAGAAGAAGAACCAAAGAAGUUAGAGACUGAAGCACCAUCAUCGGAGCCUCCACCGUCGGCUCCGCCACCAGAACCUGGAGAAGCUCAACCUCCAAAAGAUGUCGUCCAGGAGAGAGCCGUAAUUCCACCUCCUGACGAAAAACCCGAUGACUCCAAAGCGCUCGCCGUCGUUGAAAGUAAUCUCUCUCUCUCUCUCUCUCGUAUGCACAUAACUCCUUUCUUCUUCAUCUUUAGCCAAUUCCAUGGUUUCUGAAAGAAUUUUGGAUACUUUUUUUCCUUUGAUAAAGCAGCGAGGAAAAGAACAGAGAACAAAUAUACAAAAUAAAGAUUGGGUAUGGGAGAUGUUUUCUUUUGGAGGUGAAACACAACUUUUUUCACCGGAGUUUUUGAGAACAUAUUCAAAAGAUUUGAACUCUCAAUCUUCAAAAGCCAAACUGAAUUGUAAGGAGACUUCGAUAUAACUGAAGAAGAGGGAAAAACACAAGAAAAAGAAAAUGAAACCGUGGGGAACAAAAAUCUUUUCACUACAAUUUUCGAGUUUUUGAGAUGUAAAAAGAUUUAUUUCCUUUACCCAUUAAAGGAAAAUAUUGGAUUUAGUCAUAAUAGCUAAAAACUUCUUCAGAUCUAUGAGUGAUUCUCGGGAUUUCAAAGUCACAAAUUCGCACCCUUUUUCAUUUAUUCUGUUUUUUUAGUUAUUGGUCUAGCUCAGAUUCAUCCUUAUCAAAAUUUCUGAAAUUCAAUUCAAUUCUAAUAAUUUCCUGUUGGGAUUUACAUUUUCAAAGUAUGGAAAAACUCGGGAAUUGGUGGAUCCUCCAAUUCUCUUUGAAGGUUGAAGAUGUUCCUACCCAAGCAAAUCUUCCAUCCAAACCCGAAAAACUCUUCAUAGCAACUCCCUCUCUCCUCAUCUUCCAUCCCACAACUCAGUAGCCAGCUUCACUGUUUAAUUUUUUAUGCAUGUGACAGAGGCACCAGAACGUGGAGAGAAGAAAAGUUCUGAAGGAUCUGUCAACAGAGAUGCUGUGCUUGCGAGAGUAGCAACAGAGAAGAGACUGUCAUUAGUCAGAGCAUGGGAGGAAAGUGAGAAGUCAAAAGCAGAGAACAAAGCUCACAAAAAGCUAUCUUCCAUUGGUGCAUGGGAGAACACUAUGAAAGCAACUGUGGAGGCUGAGCUCAAAAAGGAAGAGGAGAAAUUGGAGAAGGAGAAGGCACAAUAUGUAGAGAAAAUGAAAAACAAGGUAGCACUCAUCCACAAAUCAGCAGAAGAAAAGCGGGCAAUGAUUGAAGCAAAACGCGGUGAAGACCUUCUUAAGGCGGAGGAGAUGGCAGCAAAAUGGCGUGCUACUGGCACCUCUCCUACAAAACUCCUCGGAUGUUUUGGAAGCUGA